UUUUCAGGUGGAUGGGAAAAAUAUGCCGAGGAUUACUGCUUCAUUGCCAACUCUUACUAUGUGCCAUUUGAAGAGGAGAUUCCGGUUGAUAUUGAACAUCGCAAGGAUCACAUCAGCUAUUAUCGAUGGGUGCCAAUUAUGUUAGCUUUACAGGCGAUUAUGUUCUUCAUUCCCAACUGGAUUUGGAAUAUGUUGCACAAACAAACUGCAAUCAAUCCGAGAGAAUUCCUAAAGGAAGCCGAAAAGGUCAGGUUCGCUGUAGGAGAGAAAAGGGAUAAAGAAGUCGAAUCGUUGGCUAACUACUUCUUGGAGACUGUAGCUGUUUUUCAACCCGAUGUUAAAGGGAAGGUUUACUCUACACCUCGUUCCGGAUACAACGCGACGUUGCUGUAUCUUCUUACCAAAGCGGCCUAUGUUGCCAAUAUUUGCUUACAAAUUAUUAUACUUAAUCAUUUUCUCGGACAGAACUAUCUCCAGUGGGGUUAUGAGAUGGCCUCUAAUAUCGUUCACGGAAAUGAAUGGAAAGAAACUGAGGUUUUCCCUCGCGUUAUUAUGUGUGAUUUCCAGAUUCGUCGUCUUGCCAAUCUUCAACGUCAUACGGUACAAUGCGUCAUAAUGAUGAACAUGAUCAACGAGAAACUGUACCUGUUUUUAUAUUUCUGGAUGUUUUUCCUCGGGAUUGCUACGAUAGUGAACUUCAUCUACUUCGCUAUCGUUAUGAUGAUUCCACCACUUCGCUCCAAGCUGAUUCUUUUCAAUCUGGAUUCCGAUCGUAACCGUAGUGUGGCCCAAUGUGAGAUGAAGAGAUUUGUGAAGGAAUGCCUUCAUCCAGAUGGCGUUCUUUUAUUACAAUUCGUUCGAGAGCACGUCGGUGGUCGAGUUGCAUACGAUCUCGUCAAUAAAAUAUUUGAACAGUUUGCUGAAGAUAAUUCAUCAAACAAUUCGAUGAAGAAGCAGGCUCCAUCACCGGUAGAGAAGUACUCACGGCCUCCACAUUUUCUCGGCUUUCCACCACGACAGUCCUCUAAUCAGAACUACUUUCCUGCGCUCAGUUCUGCCCCCAUGCUUGAGGACUACAUGGAUCAUGGCACGAUGAGAAUCGGUGAAAAAGUGGAUCCUCAAGGCGAUCAUUCAUCACGACGUAGUCCGACUGAUGUCUGA